CAAAAAAAAAGAAAAGAAAGAAAGAAAACCCUCCCAUGCAUCGGAAUGGUAAAGCGAGAAUGUGCAUGGAGGACCCUGGCACGAUGUGGAUGGAAUAGCUGAAGUAGAAGAGCAGAACAACUGGCUUCGUUUUGUUUUUGUUUUUUAACUUAACGUGUCGUACAUGUAAAGUGAAAGCGGGUCUCCAUUAGCUGUGGGGCCGGUCGGGACUCAACUGACUCACUGAUGGAAACAGAGAGGAGGAAAAAGGGGAAAUCUCUUCGCUCGAGCAGCAGAAGCGCCAUGCACUGGCGGGGCAUCAUCUAACGCUCCUCUCCGGCUGAAAUGUAAUACAUCGUCGCCCCUGUGGACCAUGUAGUAAGUGUUCGUGCUUUGCGUGUAGUAUGAUAUUGAGUCCGAUAUGUCUAAUGUGACGCCGAGUAAAAGCGUGGAAUGGCUGCAACUCGAGUUAGAGUCCGGGGGCACUUCUCUGCUCCUGCUGGACUGCCGUCCACAUGAGCUGUACGAGUCAUCCCACAUAGAGACCGCCAUAAACCUGGCCAUACCGGGGCUCAUGCUCCGGAGGUUCAAAAAGGGCAACAUACCUAUCCGGACUAUCAUCCCCAACCAUGAGGACAAGGAGAAGUUCAUAAGACGGUGCAAGACGGACACGGUCGUCCUGUACGAUGAGUGCACGGCGGGCUGGCAGGACUGUGGAGCCCCGGCGUCGGUUUUGGGUCUACUUCUUCAAAAACUAUGGGAGGACGGCUGUAAGGCGUUUUACCUGGAAGGUGGAUUUGUAAAGUUUCACACAGAGUACCCAGAACACUGCGAGACCCUCAUUGACAGCUCCUGUCCCAGCUCCUCUCCUCCGCUGUCCGUCCUGGGUUUCGGAAAUCUCCGCAUCAGCUCCGAUUGUUCUGAUGGUGAAUCUGAUCGGGAGCCGAGCAGUGCUACAGAGUCUGAGGAGAGCCCGAUCCCCAACAACCAGCCCGCGUUCCCUGUCCAGAUCAUACCCUACCUUUUCCUGGGCUGUGCCAAAGACUCCGCUAACCUAGACGUGCUGAGCCAGUACAACAUCAAGUACAUCCUGAACGUCACACCCAAUCUCCCUAACAUGUUUGAGCACGACGGCCACUUCAGGUACAAACAGAUUCCCAUUUCGGACCACUGGAGUCAGAACCUGUCACAGUUCUUCCCAGAGGCCAUUUCAUUUAUAGACGAGGCACGGUCGAAGCAGUGCGGCAUCCUGGUCCACUGCCUGGCCGGCAUCAGUCGCUCAGUCACCGUCACUGUGGCCUACCUGAUGCAAAAACUGAACCUCUCCCUCAACGACGCGUAUGACUUCGUCAAGAGGAAGAAGUCCAACAUUUCCCCAAACUUCAACUUCAUGGGUCAGCUCUUGGACUUUGAGAGGACACUGGCACUGCGCAGUCCCUGUGAUAACCGUUCCACCAGCAAGGAGCAGCUCUUCUUCACGACGCCAACCAAUCACAACGUCUUCCAGCUGGACACGCUGGAGUCAACAUGAAGAUUGACUGGACAGCCUUUUUAUUGACUCCUGUGGCGUCUUCUGGGGUUUUCUGAGCUUGUCAGAUGCCCAAGUAGCUGACACAAGCAGUAAGUCAGUUACAAUAUUUCUGCACCAAAAGGAACUACAUUGAUCUGUUAAAGGAACUGUACCCGUGUGUAGAUUCCAUUCAAUUCUGUCUCGAUGCCUUAACACCUAACAUGAGGAUGAAUCUAGCUAUCCACCAUACAUGGCGUUAAUCAGUAGUCAUGUACAGCCAUAACAGCAGGACAUUUCAUAACUUUUCUAUUAAAUCUACGAUUGUUGUUCGACUGUUAUUUGUUAUUCACCAGCUGUAAAGUGGAUGUUUAUGCAUUGCUUUGUAUCAGUCAUGAAUUGCCUUGAUGGUCUAAAAGGAGUCUUUGGCCAAUCAGAAUGUUGUCUGGGGACCAAUCUGCAAUGUUUGGUGGUACUCUAGCUGAGGGAAAUAAGCUACUAAAGUGAUCCGGCCUCGAAUUAUUGUCCAGUCUUUCCUCUGAUGACUGUUGGCAGCUCUCUCACAGCAGAAUGGAGUGACAACAGAACGUUUUUUUUCCCUCAUGCUUUAACUGCUAAUACAUUCACUAAUGUCUGGUCAGCACCAUGAUGGUAAGUGUUUUUCUUUAAGAUCAUGUGGCCCCUUACGUGAGCAAAAAUGUUAUUCUUCAGAAACGCCCCUGUACAUUCUGUUGCUUAUAGCUGCAUUAUUUUGCAUGUGUUUAUGUUCUGUGGUUGAAGCCUUGACAAUACUUUCACAUGAAAUUGAACUAUGUGUCAGUUGCCAGGUCGAGGUAUAGCUCAUAGGACUGGUUUUUGCCACGAUUGAAAAGAAGCAUAUGUGCAAGUAAUCCAGUGUAUAAAGGAAUGGAUGUGUUCACCAUAUUUUUUACUCUGACAGUCUUCGGUCUGCAGCUACUCCUUCUGUGGCACAAUAAUGUUAAGGGAAACAUGAUGUAUAAUUAGCUGUUCUCUAUUGCCAGUCUCGUCUCAGAACAAAUGAGUGAGUUCGAUGAAUGAGAGGGAAUGAAAGGAAACGAGUUUGACAAAUGUGUUCUUACCUCACAGAGAGACAUUUUUCAGGGAUUUUUAUACACGGCAUCUGUAUCUCGUCAUGGCCUCUUAAAUUGCAUCCAAGGGCUGUUUUGUCUGGUAUGUUUGUAAAGAUGUACAUAAAAUGUGGUUGUGUUAGGGGACAUUUUCUCAAAAUCAUGAAGGAUGCGAAUGUCACCCUAUUUUGACCCUUAUGUAUAGUAUAUGUAAAGCUAAAUGUCCAAGACAUUCUGUACAAGUUUAUACAACAAAUAUAUUGUAUAUUUUUACUUGAA